AUGCAUGCCUUACAGCACAUUGGUGCUGAUCGACACACCACUUUUCCCAAAGAUGAGAUGCUGUUGAAAUUGAACUCGCUGGUGAAUGUCCUUUGCCGGAACCAUGAAAUUGUGGCGCUAGCUGUCGUGGAUGAUGGGCUCCUCAUAACAGCAAAUCCUGCCCAAAUGGUCUCUGACAAAGUGAAAGGUCUUGAGCCAAAAGGUGCCAGAAGGGCGCAGAAGAACCAGAUCCACAUACCUGGUGAUGCACUUACUGACCCUCAGGGGCCUCCUUUUCAUCCUGGCUUUAGGGUGCUGACGUUCCAAAAUCUCAUCGGCAACAUUUUUGGGCUCAUCAAGUACAUUGCAAGACACUGCAAUCAACAAGAGGCUAUCAAGGAGGCAUACUUCGAAAUAACUGAUGACACAAUCCCCAACCCUGAGUCCUCAGAUGAGCCGGAAUGGGACACUGGGCUAGCGACAUUGCUCCUUUGUGACACGGAGUCUCUUGGAAUUGCACAUCCAUGCCUCCAGGCAAUUGCACACAAGAUGAUGGACAAAAUGGACGAAACCAUUACAAAGAAAGAUGAUACCAUUACCACAAAAGACGCCUCCAUCAGCCUGUACACCAAGGAGAUGGCCGUUGAGUUUCACAAAUUGAUGAAGACGACUGUCGGGCGUUACUAUCAGUGUGUACACCAAUGCGCCAAUACACAGACAGAAUGUGCCAAAUCAGAGACAGGAAGCAACAUUGAAGCCCUCAUGGAUUGUGUGCGGUCACUACACAUCACAGCUCUGGCACUGUACGCCAUUGUACACACCACUGCUGCGCGCCACUAUGCUGCGGCCAUUGGCGCCGCAGUGGGACACAAAUUGAUUGUUCACGGCCAUUACCAAAAUGCUGAGGAAGACGACCUCAGCCUGGACGAGGCGGAAACACAGGGCUUGCCUGAGAUACCACUGUAUCAGUGCUUCUGGGAAUGGCUUCUGCUCCUGACAGCCAGCGCUGGAGACUUUGUGCGCGUUCAUAAGGCCACCGGCACAUUUCCCACCAAGAUAUUGCUCAUGAUGAUGAAACAGGCAGUCCCCAAGCUCUUACCUUGGGAUGACCUUGUGGUACAGAUCUUAGAAGGUGCACCCGGGGAUGAGUGUAUGGAUUUUACACAGGUAGAGCAGUACCACCAGUUGGUGCGCUUGCUCUACCCGAGGCUGUUCAGUGGAACAGUCCAUGCCGAGGCAUACCUUGCUGCCUUGCUGAAACUCAAUGAAUCACGGACUGCUAGUGAGAUUCACAUCGGGGUCUCAAAGUGCUGCUGCCUGUUCUGCGCGUCCUUUGUUGAUGCAAUGAACAAGUCAACGGGCUUGACAUUUAUGCUCCAAGAUGAGCACAAGCGCAUCACAGGCUGUGCAGUACCACCCUUCUCUGAGGACGAAGUGGUCCAGGCGAUGAUCAGCGAGUACCGCCCGCUAUUGAGGACCAGAAUCCUAGCGAGGCUGACAAGCGAGUGGAGGAAGGAGGAGAACCAGGUGCUGCAAGAGGUACAGGAGAACCAGGUGCUGCAGGAGAAGCAGGAGAAGCGGGCGUAUCCUAGCCUUUCAGUUGACAGCCAGCGUCAGUCUAGCGAGGCGUUGGUUGGGGAAGCUGUAGGCACAUACCUCAUGAUAGUAGUGGGAAAAAGGCUUGAUCAAGGCCCUACAGUGUGUGAGCGCUUGGAGCAAUGGGCCACCAAGCUGCCAGUCACAUGA